AUGGUUAAAUAUAUAACCGCCCGCGAGUUGCGUCGGCAUUGGGUAAAUCACCUUGAAAUUGCCCUCCUCGACGUCCGCGAAGAAGGCCCCUAUUCCGAGUCCCAUCCACUGUUCGCAUUGAGUGUGCCAGUCUCGGAGAUUGAAAAGAAAUUGCCCCCAUUGGUCCCUCGAUUGUCGGCCCCGAUUGUUUUUUACGACGAUGGGGAAGGUUAUGUAGAUCGAGCUGCCGCCCGGAUAUUAGCCAUGGGGUAUCAGGAUGUUGCAAUCCUGGAAGGUGGGCUCUCAGGCUACGCCCUUGUUGGCGAGGUCUAUCGCGACGUCAAUGUGCCAUCCAAGGCAUUUGGCGAGCUCGUCGAAUCCAUCAACCAUACCCCAUCCUUAUCUGCCCGGGAUGUCAAGGAUGUUCUGGAGAGCGAGAGCGACGUGGCUGUUUUGGAUGCCAGACGUUUUGAGGAAUAUAAUACAAUGAGCAUUCCUCGUGGGCGCAGUUGUCCAGGGGGGGAACUUCUGUAUCGCUUUUUUGAGGCUGUACCAUCUCCAGAAACCACAGUCGUCGUCAAUUGUGCGGGUCGAACGCGGAGUAUUAUUGGGACCCAAACUUUGAUCAACUCUGGAAUCCCGAAUAAAGUGGUUGCGCUCCGAAACGGGACGAUCGGGUGGACACUGGAGGGGUUGGAACUGGAGACUAAAAAGACGGAACGGGUUCCACGGCCUUCGGACGAGGCUUCGAAAAAGGCACAAAAACGUGCUGAAUCGUGGGCCAAUCACGUCGGUGUCUCUUCCAUUGAUGGCAAUCAGCUCGCUAUAUUUACUGCAGAGUUGGGAAACCGAACGCUGUACCUGUUAGACGUGAGAGAUCCCGAGGAGUACGCCCUCGGACACCUGGCUGGCUUCUCCAAUGCCCCUGGUGGUCAGUUGGUACAAGCCACCGAUGAAUGGGUCGGUGUUCGAGGGGCUCGCAUAGUUUUAUACGACAAGGACGGUGUGCGAGCGCGCAUGGCAGCCAGCUGGCUCUUUCAACUCGGAUGGGAGGUGUAUGUCUUGGAAGAGCAACCCCGAGUGGCUGAUGGACUUCCUUUACCUAAAAUCCCUUCGUGGCAUUCUUCAAAGGACGGUGCUAUCACGAUCGAUGACCUCCAAAACCUCACAGCAGCGACAAUCGUCGAUCUCGCCCGCAGUUCAUCUUACCGGAAAGGCCAUAUUCCAGGCGCAUGGUUUGCUUCUGGACCCGAACUGGCCCGAGACUUAAGAGCUAUCGAUGGUGAUGGCCCCAUCGUGCUGACCUCACCCGAUGGUGACGUCGCUGCUAUGAAUAUUGACGAUGCACGCAAUUCAGUCUCGCGCGAAGUUUAUUAUUUGGCGGGAGGGACAACAACCUGGGUAGCUGCCGACCAUCCCCUCGAGACCGACACGCGGUGGCUGUCGCAGCCAAUUGACGUGUAUAAGCGGCCGUAUGAAGGGACAAGCAACGGUCGCGAGGAUAUGCAAGGGUAUCUCGACUGGGAGUAUGGGCUUGUCGCACAACUUGCGAACGAUGGGGUGGCAGGGUUUCAUGUUGUGCGGGACUCGCGUGGCGGGCAGGGGAAGUUGAAUUGA